AUGAACUCCGAAGUUAAAAACUGGAGCACGAAUUGCUUGGAGUUAGUUUUGGUCCGGUUAGAGUCACUAGAUGAGAGAUUUUCUGAAGUGUUCAAAUGUGUAGAAGAACGCCAGAAGGAGUUACAAGAUAAAAUAACGAUGAUUGAUAGAUACUUGGAUGAAAUAAACGUUAUUUUAGAUAAGAAAAAACAAUGUAUUGUGAUUUCUAACUUGAAUGAAAAGGUGAACAUGAUGGUCAAAAACUACUCAAACAACUCUAAAAACAGUCUGGAAGAGUUUAAAAAUCGUUUAAACGAGGGUGUUAAAACACUCUUUGAGUCAUCCAAUUUAUACUCCGAAGUUAAUAAGUUUAAGAGUGAUUUAGAAUUUUUACAUGAAAAGAAAGAAACUCUUUCUGAGUUAAUUUUUCAUAACAAUUUACAUAUUGAAAAAUUAGACAUAAAUUAUCAAAAUUCAUCAAUCGUUCAGAAUAUAUCAACAAGUUUUCCUUUAUUACAUAUUUCGAUAAAUUCUAAUACUAAUAAUAAUAUAAAUGUAAUUAGAAAAUUGAGGAAUGCAAAAGAUGAAAUAAGCGAAUCAUUAAACAGAAUGAAAACUGAAAGAGAAAAGGAAGAAGAUUUCGUUUUGAAUCAACUUGAAAUUGCAAGUAAUUCCCAUCUUCAUUAA